AUGCAGCUCCGUGUCAUGCUCAAGGAGGAACAGAGAAAGGGCCAAGUACACAGAAGUAGGAAUGCUGAAUUAGAGGACAGUAUUCUGCAGAUGGAGACCCAGACCCAACAGCUGCAGCAGCAACUACACCACACUGCCGUGUUGCUAGAGGAUUCAGUAACCAAGAGCCAAACUCAAAUUGAUGAUCUAAAAGCUGAAAACUGGAAGCUUGAGUCCAGACUUAGAUGUGUAGAACAGGACAAUAGUGAUCUCAGAGAGGAGGUAGAACUGCUGACACACAAACAGACCAAAACUGUAGACACCAUGGAUGGACUGCGGAAAUGUCUGGCUCAGACGAGACAGGAGCGACAGGAAUUGUUUGAGGAACUGGCAACAUUUAAAGAUCAUGAGCAAAGAAACAAAAUCAGAGAGAUUAUCAACAACUUUCAGGAAAAGGGCUCUGAGGAUGAAUGGGAGAAGGAGCAGGAUCAGGCAAGUGAA